AUGCCGUCUCACAAGCAACCCAAGGCACCUGCGCUGAUAAUUCAGGAGCAGCUGCGCUGGGCGGCGCAUGCCCACACACUGAUCGGGCGCGCCGACCGAGUGUAUAAUUUAGCGCAGCGGGCGGAUCAGGUUCGGGAUCGACUGGCCUUGGUCGAGAGCGCAUACACUGAGCUUUUGUCUGCGGAUGUGGAGAGCGGAGUCAAGGACUCCGCUCGUCGGGAUUAUGAGCAAUUCGUCGACUUCACGGACGACUUGGUUGAGGCAAGGGGCAAGCUGGCGCAUGAGGCGCGUGAGAGCCAGAUGGAGGGUCUGGCGAAGCUGGAGUCUCCGCGGCGGAAGCCAGCUCAAGCUGAGCUAUUAGGUAAGUUGCCCACAUUGGACUUGCCCAAGUUCUCGGGUGCUAUUGGUGAGUGGCUGGCCUUCAUAGGCCUCUUUGAUAGCUUAGUCCACGCCCGGGGGGACUUGUCCCUCGGUCAAAAAAUGGCGUACCUGGUCUCUUCUCUUGAAGGGGAGGCCCUUGCGGUCGUUGGUCACUUGAAGUUGGCCGACGACUCCUACUUGAUCGCAAGAGACCUCCUAGAGAGGAGGUACGCAAACACCCGGCUGCUGGCUGACGAAUAUGCCCGACAGCUUCUGAAUCUCCCGCUACUGACUGACAGGACGAGGCUACGUCAGGAUAUUAUUAAUCCUGUCGUAGUCGCGUGCAAUUCGCUGAGGCGUCUGGAGCUUCCGGUCGACGAAGGGGCCGGAGGAUCUUUUUUGUUGCUCCACCUCGUACUGUCCCGCCUACCCCUCAAUCUGCGGAUCCAUUUUGAGGAGAGGUAUGGCGGGGACGGAGCGGAUCAUAUCCCGUCUUUUAGAGACCUGCUGCUCUUUUUAGAGCAACGGUGUAGGCAGGUCGCAAACGCGGCGGGCGCUGCUGGCACCUCCAGGGCAUCUGAGGGACUGAACCCGCCCGGGAGGUCAUCGCCGACACCGCGGAAGGCAGCUGGAGCUCCUUCCGGAGGGCGCCGCCCUCUCCCUACAUAUACCGGCCUAGUGGCCAGGGAAUCUCCUCCUCCUCCUACUAACUGCAACUACUGCCGCGGGUCGGAGCACCGGGCCGCGGCUUGCCCUAAGCUGCGGGCUAAGCCCGCCAAGGCGAGGCGGAACAUAGCUCGCGAUCGCCGCUGGUGCUUCUCUUGUUUGGAGCGGCACUUGCAAAGGGACUGUCCGCACCAGCGGCCCUGUCCGCACUGCUCGGGUCCUCAUCAUGAGGUCUUGUGCCUGGGCCCGUUCAGAGCUCCUCCUCGCGCCCCUUCCGACCGCGCCGCUGCCACGGGCGGGGGCGUUAGUCAGCCGCCUCUGGCGCGUGACGCUUCUCGCUCGCCCACCAACCACUGCUCCCCCGGCUUGAACAGGGGAAAUUCCCCUGAGCAGUUGGGGGGUCACCCUGCCAGGGGCGGGGGGGUCUGCACCCCCCCUCCUCAGCGGGUCGAGAGAGAGUUCGCCGCCACUCAGCUGUCGUCAAGACCACUGUCUCCUCCCUUAGCUAAGUGGCCGCGAUUGGAGCGCCACCCUCCCCCCCCUUGGUCGGAGUCGGCGACCUUACCAGGUCCCUAG